AGCCGCGCGCGCAGUCUCAAGAGAGAGGUCGGUGGAGGAGGACGUAUCGUAGUGGUCUGGUGGUUUUCUUGGAUUAAUUCUCGCGUUAGACAGUACCCACACACGCCGCAGCCAUGGGGGUCUGUUGCUACACCUUCCUCAAGUACAUAGCCAUGAUCUUCGACCUCCUGUACAUGAUGAUAGGAGGCGCCUUGCUGGGCACCAUACUCUGGCUGUACCUGGACGCGGGCAGCACGGCCCCGGUGACGGCGGACAUCGAGGGGUAUAACUACGUGCUGUACUUCCUGAUGGUGGUUGGGGCCAUUAUGUUCAUCAUGGGCCUGCUGGGCUGCUGCGGGGCCUGCCAUGAGUCUCAGUGCAUGCUGGCCACGUUCUUCGCCCUGGUCCUGGUGAUGUUCAUGGGCCAGGUAGCCAUUGGGGUGUGGCUGAGGGCUAAUGAGGAGCGCUUCACUGAGGUAGUCUCCCAGUCCCUCGCCUCGUCCAUCAAGAGGGACUACGGACGCGACGACCUCAAGACCAAGGCCUUCGACAUCAUCCAGGCAAAGCUCAAGUGUUGCGGCUCGGUGUCCUCCGCUGACUGGGCCGAGAGCAGAUUCAACGGCGCUGACCCACACAACCCAGCGGAGAUCGGCAUCCUGAACAAGGCGGGGACGUACAAGGUGCCGGAGAGCUGCUGCAUGGAGGGUCCCGAUGUCGACUGCGAGGAGGCCCGGGUUGUGUCCCUCACCGUAACGCAAUCCAACAACAUCUACUCAGAGGGCUGUGCGAAGAAGGUCCUGAAUCUGGUGAAGGAGAACAGCUACGAGGUGUUAGGCUGCCUGAUGGCCAUGCUCCUGGUGCAAGUGCUGGCCAUGAUCUUCUCCAUGGUGCUGUGCUGUACUGUGCGCCGCAUCGACCACGUCAAAGCCUAGGGGGAAAACAACUCCCCGAUAUACGAUCUGGGGAUGGAGAGCGAGGAGGAGGACCACACCGCUUGAGUCAACGUCUGAAUGGCUGUCCGUGGCUGUUCGUUUCCCCAUCUUGCCAGCUGUAUAGUGUCACGGGAGGGUUGCGGAGUGGGCGGUGGUCGUGGUGGCUGUGGUGGGCGUGGUGUGCGUUCCUGCUCCCCGCCACGACAACCACCUCUACUCCUGCUGCGGCUGCCUCUCUAGGGUUUGUUCGGUUGGUGUCCGCCGCCCGGGUGCCGCGUGAGGGCUUGGUGGUUCGGGGGCCGCGCUUGAAUCACAUUUAACACCACGCUGUGUUUUGGCGUCGCGCUGCGUACGUCUCCCUGUCCCCCGGCGCCCCAGUCCUCCCGGCGCUUGAUUUCAGUUCUUCAUUCCCUUAUUUAUGGCUUCUCCCAGUCCGUCGGUGUUGUUUUCCUUCUUUGUGGCGCCGCAGCAGCCCUCCCCAAGACCACCGCUUAGAGUGUACGGUGUGAGUCGCAAUCCUCUUCGUUAGCGUUUAAAAAGUGUUCAUUUCAUUACCGAGUCAUCCUAGUCUGCUUACCACAAAGAGAGAGAGAGAGAUAGAGACCACGAGAGCCAGCACUUGAAAAAAUAGCUCCCAGCGAGGACAGCGAGCGAUAGGAAGAACAAAUUAGGAGUAGCCGAACACUAAAGAGUAUUUUUGUAUCAACGUAAAAAGUAAAUAAAGUAAGGCGAGACUCGCGGGACGUGAACUCGGUCCCCGUCUGAGCUGGAUAGAAUUUUUUAUGAUGUAAAAAAAUAACAAUAAAAAACAGUUUGGUAGUCAGUCGUCGAGGAGCCAACUUGGACACACUUUGAUGAGUUACGUGUCAUGUGUCGUUUUUACUUUGGAAUAUUUUUGUCUACAAGCGGAUGAUACACACACACACAUUGCUACCUGGAACUCUGUGGGCGGACACAUACGCACAUACGCUGCCAGGGUAUGUGUAUGUGUCCUGGGUCAUACGCACACACCAUCCCGGUCAGGACCCACACCAACGGGAGAGAAAGUAAAAGAGGAGAAAUGGCGCCAAAGUAAAAAUCGGAAGUAUUGCCAAAAAAGUUAAAUAUCUGAGAAAACCAAAGUAAAAAAUGGAAAUAUUACCGAAAAUUUAAAUAAGAGAAAUGAAUCCAAAGUAAAAAAAGUGGAAGUAUUGCCAAAAAAGUGAAAUAUCUGAGUAAACCAAAGUAAAAAAUGGAAAUAUUACCAAAAAAAUUAAGUACCUACGAGAAAUGAAUCCAAAGUAAAAAAACAAAUAUUGCCAAAACAGUGAAAUAUCUGAGUAAACCAAAGUAAAAAAAAAUGGAAAUACUACCAAAAAAAUUAAGUACCUAUGAAAAAUGAAUCCAAAGUAAAAAAACAAAUAUUACCAAAACCGUGAAAUAUCUGACAAAUCCAAAGUAAGAAAUGGAAAUACUACCAGAAGAUGAAAAACACGAGAAACGGAACCAAAGUAAAAAAAAAAAAAAAAAAAAAAA